GGUGGACUGGGUCGCCAAAAACAAACCAGCGAGACUGCAAGAGUCCAAGACCAUAGAAACAGUCAGCUGCUAAGUCCCAACUUGGCCAAAUAUGAAAAAAUCUCUCCAUUUUCCAUUUUUCCUUUCUAUAUAAUGGUUGAAGUUGUUGGGUUGUUUCUUCAAUUUGAAUUUUAGAAAAAUAUGGAGCACUACUGCAUGGCUGCAAGAGCCUUGAAAUCAAGUUUACGCAGAGAACUCGCUUCCAAAUCUACCCAACAAGCUUUUUUUGAGGAUUUCUUGUGUUCCAAUGCAAAUAAUGGUGUUGUUUCGUGCGAAGAUUUCUCUGUUGAUUGUUUCUUUGACUUCUCUAAUGGUGAAUGCUAUAUUCAAGAACAGAACAUGUUAGAAGUAGAAGAAGAAGAAGAAGAAGUAGAGAAAGAUUCUCUUUCUGUUUCCUCUCAACACCGUGUGGAUGAUGACAAUAACUCAAACUCUAGCACUGUCUCUGAUUCUCUCCUCACCAGCGAACUCUAUGAGCCAGUUGAUGAUUUGGCCGAGCUAGAAUGGGUUUCUCAAAUUGUGAAUGAUUAUUCCUCAGAAUUCUUCCUUUCGUACCCUUUAAAACCAGAAAGCCAUGCAACAGACAACAGAUUUCAACUGCAAACCCAACAGGCUAAUUUAACCAAAACUUCAUGCCUUUUCCCUGCUCCAAUCCCAGCCAAGCCAAGAUCCAAACGGCUCAGACCCACCACUAUGGCCUGGUCAAUUGGGUUUCCGAUCACAGACUUAUCAUCAUCACCAUCAUCUUCUUCUUCUUCUCCGGCAUCAUCAUCUUCAGUUCUCACCAACACGGUCCAAACCGUUGACUCAUUAUCGACCGAACCGCCGACCAAAAAAACAACGAAAAGACCCACCCUAUUCCAGCGGCGGUGCACUCAUUGUCAUGUUCAAAAGACUCCACAGUGGAGAACCGGUCCGCUCGGGGCCAAAACUCUGUGUAACGCUUGUGGAGUUCGUUAUAAGUCGGGCCGGCUUUUUCCAGAGUAUAGACCGGCAUGUAGUCCAAGUUUUUCAAUGGAAGUUCACUCCAAUAGCCAUCGGAAAGUGUUAGAGAUUAGGAUGAGAAAGGAAAUAACCGGACCAGAGUAGGUUCAACCAGUAAAUGAACCGGUUUAGUUGGUCACGGUCUGCUUGCAGGAUGUAGGCUUUGUAACGGUACAAUUUUUAGUAUUUUUUUUUAUUUAGGUUUUUUUAUUUUUUUUUUAUGUUUUAAUUUUUAGGUCUAAUUAAUGAAAAAGAAAGAAUUUAGCUAAAA